UUACACUUAGACGCUGAAAUGGUUGAAGAUUGACUGCACCAAACCAGCGAAUACGAAACGUGACUAGCCGAGUUAUGGAGAGUGUCUGGUAGACACGAGUGACGACCGCGAAUUAACUAGGGCGAAAGUGCUCCGAGAUCGUAAAGUGUCCGAGGUCAUGCGGGAAUUGGAGAUUUAAAUCUUAGGAAUGGUAAAGCUUCACACCGAAAUAUUAAUUCCAGUACCGUCGUGCAGGUCUCGAGUCGAGUGUGAUGUUCCACUACGACUUCCGCCAUUGUGUGCUAAUGAAAAAGCGACAUUUCCUUGUUUGGAAAGAGACCUUGCCCAGAAAGAAGCUGUCUGUAAUGUACGGGAUAAAUCAAGUCUACUGCUCUACAUGCGCUUUGCUAUUGUUCCAACUGGUAAGAAUGAAGGUUACCACGGAGUUCAUAGUGGGUUCGCUCCUCAAUGGAUCACGAGUUACUUGAGGAUGUAUAAAACGGAAGAAGGAGUUUAUGUUUAAGGAACUAGAAGCUGAGGAGAGGCUCGUAGAAUUUAUGCCAAAGUCGAUUGCUGGGUAAGCACAAGUUGUGGGAUUUAGCAAGCUAAUUGUAUGAAGUCUUGCGGAAUAGAAUCAUACCACAAAGGGGUUUCAGCGGAGUCGGCAAUUUCACAACAACUUUUGAAACUGUCUAUGAGGCUGACAGUCAUUCGUUGUGGAAGAAAGGCUGUGGGAAGCGGUUUGAUGAAUUUUUCGAAAAUGUGAACUCCAGCCAAAUCGGUUCACAUAGGAGUACGGAUAACAGAUUACAACUUGCUUCGGAAUUAGAUGGAUAACGGUGCAAAAGUGAACCGAGAAAACGUCACGGGGAUGCCACGAGGGGCAGCAGUUUGACGGAGCGAAUCGCAGUGAAAGUGUGGGAGUCGCGACUGAGUCUGUACUUGCUCAGAGGCGCAAUUUUGCCGUUGUCGUUACCGCGAUUAUCCCAGUCCCUUCAAUUCCUCUCUAGCCUUCGCUCGACUCGAACUUUUAUGUGUUGUUCCCCCACUUCUCCUGAAAAGUCUCGACUCCUGAUGUACGGAAACGCGCGCGAUCGCGGACUCUGUGUUAAACCUUUGUGGAGAAAUUCACAUUCGGACGAUAGUCGCGUUGAUGUGAUUUUUUUUAUCUCUUGUAUACUGAUUCAUUGAAUUUAAAAAAAUUAUACACUAUAGUUGAGGCGAUUCGAAGAGUGGAUUGAAACUCUGAUUUAAAUUGGCAUCGUUGGUACGAUUCUCUCUUCACUGACACAUCGAAUGUAUUCGUUAAUAUUUCGGCUAGCUUUUACCGUAAUUAGCACCCACGAAA